UUUCUCGCAUGCCGGAGUAGCCGUCCGGAAUACUUUCGAAUUCCUCUGGGAGGGGUUGUUUACUCAUUAUGCAUCAGAAUUAAAAGAUAAACAUUCAUAAUCAAUAAUGAAUCAUCAGGCUUACUGAUACUAGAGGACUUUGCAUUUGUAAGCAGCUACAACCCGGGAGCAUUGCUUCAUGUACCAUAUUUUGCUUAAACUUUCAAUAAACACACGUAUUACUUCCACGAAACCGUUAAAACUGCGGUUUUAUAGGUUAAACAAAAACAUUUCGUUAUCAGACCGAAAAUAUCUUUAUUUUUUUUAGCUGCCUCAGCUCAUUUUAAAGCAGUUAUGGAAAGGUAACAACAAGAUUGGAUUUUCGUACAAACGGAUUCUUGCAUGGAUAAGGAUUUUACAACCAACGAUAGCACUUGGUAACAAGUAGAAGUGAAACUAACUGGCCUGGGCAGGCUGAGCUGCCGCCACAAUGGCUAGAGAUCACUUUUAGGGUCGGGUUCUAGGUGGCGCUGUUCACCGCCGCAGAGAGCAAAGGCAGCUUCCACUGUGUCACGUGACUCGGAAGGUGGCGAUGUCUUUAGGCCAUUUUCAAAUCUCAUUGGUUUAGCUGUCAUGUGGUAGUGCAGUAGGAACCGCGGCUUCUCAGGGAAUGUUUUGCUAGAGAUGUCAGCCUACAAAGGACACCAUCUCUCUCUUCUUCAAAUCUCUGCCCCAAAAUGUCCUUCCCCAGCAGCUCUCCCGUUGCUUCUUUCUUAAUAGAUUCUUUGACCGGUGCGUGUAGAACUGACACUCUCUAUUCCAGCAGCACCGGCAUGUAUUUGCCAUCUAAUUCAGAUAUGGGGACAUACGGAAUGCAAGCUUGUGGACUCUUACCGUCUCUAUCAAAAAGAGGAGACCUUAAUCACCAAAACAUGGGUAUGAAUGUCCACACUUAUUUACCUCAAGUAGAAAGCUGGUCAGAUACAAGAUCUUGCCCUCUAGAACAACCUGUUGUUACACAGCAGAUAACACCAUGUUCAUUGGCUGCAACUAUUAAGGAAGAAAGCAAUUGCUGUAUGUAUUCUGAUAAGGGAACCAAAGCGAAUUCUCCUGAUUUUGUUUCUUACCAGAAAUUGGUACCGGAGCCGUGCUCACUUGAUAACCCAGAAAUUCCUGUCCCCGGUUAUUUCAGAUUAAGUCAGACAUACGCAACCGGUAAAGCCACAGAGUACAGUAAUAGUCCAAGCAUCAUUUCGGAUGCAAUGAUACAGUUAAAUCCACGAGUCAGUUUCAGAUCCCAGAUGCAGCCACAACCUCUGAUAGAAAUGAAAAUGCAAGAAAAAUCGGAUAUUCAGGAUUCUAAUAGGAUACCGAAAAGCAGCACUCCAGAAAUAAAACCAGCAAUGCAAGAUGAGAGAUGUUGCUCGGUUGAAGCUUCCUCAUCUAGUCCUGAAAUACGUGACAAGGACAGAGAAGACACGAAACCCGACGUUGCAACUAGCAGCUGGCUUACUGCAAAAAGUGGAAGGAAGAAAAGAUGCCCUUACACCAAGCACCAAACCCUGGAGCUGGAGAAGGAGUUCUUAUUCAAUAUGUACUUGACUCGAGAGCGCCGCCUGGAGAUCAGCAAAAGCGUGAACCUUACUGACAGGCAGGUCAAGAUAUGGUUCCAAAACCGCAGGAUGAAGCUAAAGAAGAUGAGCAGAGAGAACCGAAUACGAGAACUGACAGCUAACUUGACUUUUUCUUGACUCGGAUCGCACUAAUGGAAAGUUGUUGCAAAGUCAUUAUAAAUAUUCUGGAAAACUGUGGAAAUUAUUUUGUUUCCCGCAGCAGGACAAUCUGCCCUUCAUUGUCUUUUCCGCUGUAAUCAGUUUUAGAAACAUCAUUGUAGUUCUUUUUAAGACGUGGCUCUUUGUUAUUUUUACAGUGGGUCUUAACUUAUUAGAUGGUGAGUUAUAGCCAUCUACAAACGUGUCAUUUCCGUUCUACCCACUGCUGUGUUCCUGUGCUGCCGCACUAUGGGUUCUAAGCCCCCACCCCAAGGCACUGCGGAUUAUUCAUCAAGCAAAUGUGUACAUUGUAUGGACUAACAAAAGUACACCACGAACAAACAGGACUUGGGAUACCCGUCCACUGUAAAUAAUGUGAAGAAACAAUAGUAGCUGCAGUUUGUUAUUCUGCAUGUUACAGUCGCAUGCUGUAGCAAUAACAACUGAAAACGUCUCUGUAAAUAUUGUGUGUUGUUGUUUUAUAAACAAACUGUAAAAUACUGAAACAUAAACUCAGAAACAGUCGGUGUUCAGAACUUAGAAGGCAAUAAAUGAUGUGGAUUGAUUUUGAUUUCAUAACUAUAUCACUUUAUUGCUGUACAGUCAACCACUGCAAACUGAAAUAUUCCACGAAAAUGUAAAUGGAUUUUGAAUAACCGAUAAUUCUCGUAAAACAAAUUGCAAGCAUUUAAAAGGAAAUAUUUAAUAUGAAGUGAAUGAACAUGCACAGUCCAAAUAUAGCGCGUUUCAUUUAACUAUUCAUGUGCAAAUCAUAUAGCUGAGGACUAUAAUCAACCGGAUAAAUUACACCUACAAAACGAACUGGCACGUUAAGAAAUCCUGAAAAUGGUUCUAAACCACGUGUAAAACUGUGGUCAAUUCAAAAGUGUAUUUUAAUUUUCAUUCCGCAUGUUCUAGUAAUUAAAUAUGUUUGAAAUGUUCCAAUUUUCUUGGCAGAAAAAUAUUAA